AUAAAGCGGCACACACACUACUCACACACUGCUGAUCUCAACACUUAUCUAAACACUGAUCUCCACUCAGCGACACGAACGCAUCAUGAGCAAUGAACGUGUGCGGUCGGGUAUGUGUGGUGACCUCAGAGGAUCUGCCUUACAGACGAGUGUAUAGUGUGAGGACUUGUUCAGCGGGUGAGGAGCGCUGUAGAGCAUCCUGUGUUAUCUCUUAGGACAUCCAGGUUCUAAAGUAAAAUGACUGAAAAGACGGCACCCUGGUGGAGAUCCUUUGUGGGGAAGAGGCGGAAAGCGGCCAGAGAAUCCGCUUCGAUCCUGGAGCAGGAACUCUCAGCUCACCCCGAUUCUAACCAGCAGCACGUCUCCAUCGACAUCACCCCGGAGCAGAAGAGCACCUCGGUGAGCAGCGUGCAGGCGGCAGGAGGCCAGGUCGCCCAGGCUGAUGACACUUACGACGACUCUGUCGUACAGCCCACGUUCAGCGAGAAUGCAAACCGGCGCAACCUGCGUGUGUCACGCUCGGGCCGCUUCAAGGAGAAACGACACACGCGAGUGGGCCUGCCGGAGAACUACGAAGACACAGACAGGGCGGAGCCACCGAGAAAAGGCAGCAUGAACUAAAGAUGUAGCUAAGACAUGUAGAGACUGUCACUGCUAUAAAUCCCAGAACCUGGACUGGAACCAUCCUCUGGUCUGGUAGAACAUGCAGCAGUGACUGUGCUGAGGAAUCACAAGCCUUUAGUUGAAGUUUAUUUGUGUGUGUUUGUCGGUGUGUGUGUGUGUGUGUGUGUGUGUGUGUGUGUGUGUGUGUGUGUGUGUGUUUAAGAGUGUGUGUGAGUAUGUGUGUGUGUGUGUGUGUGUUU